CCAUGCUUCAGUUUGCGCAUGCACAGCUCGCUUUUUGCAACAAUCCUUCCUUCCUUUUCCCUGUGCCGCUCACUACUAGCUGCUGCUUGCACGAUAGCGUUUCUAAACACUGACAAUUAGAGACUGCUGAGUAUAUGACUUAAGAGAAAUGCAACAAUUGGGUACUUCGCCUAAAGCAGCGCCAGCUCCUACCGUCACAUGCAGCAGGAAUCGCUUACUCAAUUGCGUCCCGCUUCGAGCAAGCAAUGUGUCGCGGACAGAUGCAGCCCCGCAGCAACAAGAGGAGCGAAGACGACAAGAGCAUCAAGCCCCAGCUGUGAUCCUGGACGAUGCGCGGACUCAGAACUUCAUGAAUUGGGCGCGAGGACCAGCAAGCAUUCGCUUUUCGGGCGUAAAGCCGUCUACAUUCGCCGGCAUUCGUGGAUUGCUAGCAUCUAAAGACAUAUCCAACGACGACCUUAUCGUCGAGGUCCCUCGCCGGUCGGCAUUAGUACUCGCACCCAAACAGCGCAACUCCUGCCAAGGACUUGUGACAGACGAGUGGUGGAAGAGCGCGCCUUGGUUUGCAAAGCUAGCGGCUAUGAUCCUAUGGCACAAACGACAGGGCGCGCAGUCGCCGCUGGCUCCAUGGAUAGCGCAGCUGCCAUCCAGCACCGGGGUGCCAGUGUUGUGGAGUGACUCGCAGCUGCAAGCGCUACAGUACCCGCCCCUCAUUGCUCAGGUGCAGGAGCAGCGGCGGGAGUGGCAGCAACUGUACGACACCUUCCUAACCUCCGCCACAACCGCCACAACCGCCGCCAACCAACAACCAAAACCCAAACCCACCUCCUCACCCACCUCCUCCUCACCCCCUCCCUCCUCACCCCCAUCCCGUGAGGAGUUCUUCUGGGCCAUGUCUGUCGUACGCAGUCGUACCUUCAGCGGUCCGUACAUUGGAUCCAGCCUGCCCGACAGGUUGCGCCUUCUGGGCCUUGUGGGCGCGCUGAUGGCUUGCAACACCGCGCUAGGACUAGCAGACCUGCCUCACAGCCUGAGUGCCGCGCUGGCAGUGGUGCUGUUCAAUGUGCUGUACGAGGUCAUACUGUCACGGUCGCUGAAGCAGCAUGCAAUCUGCCCGCUGAUAGACUUGUUCAACCACAGUAGCGCCGUGCAGAGCGAGGUGUCGUACAACUACUUUGGUGACAGCUACUGCGUGGUGGCGUCCCGGGACGUCAAGCAGGGGGAGCAGGUCUUCAUCUCCUACGGCCCCCAGUCCAACGACUCCCUGCUGCAGUACUACGGCUUCAGCGAGCCAGCCAACCAGCACGACACCCACAUCCUGACCGACAUGCUG